CGCAAGUAGUGUCUCGAUUUUUGAAGGAAGGGGAGUGAAUGAUGGUGAGGGAUGCAGUGGGGGGGAAAGGUGAAUAUUUUGGAGAAGGGGUAAAACAGUGGUAGGGGAUAUGUUAGUAGAGAAGGUACACGUUGUGUCAGCCGGCAGUAGCAAAAGCCGUGCUACACGGCCUAUGGCCCAUCGUGGGUCGUCCUCCGCCUUUUAAAAAGAAAUAAUCGGCGCCGCGAUAUGUCGAAAAAUCAGUGGUACCCUCUUAUAAAUUCAAGGGUGCGCCAAACUUUCUGGCUCAUCCAUCAUAAAUCCACGACAAUUCGAAAUAUUAAAAUUCAAAGACGAAAAAGGAAAAUAGAUUUAUAUUGUACUGCUCUUAGAACAUAUUCUCUAUAGUGGAGUUUGCCUGUUGACCACGGUAUGCAAAGGGUGAACAACCCCUAUCGCGUUUCAGUGUUUCCGUAGUGGCUUACGACGACCUAAAUCUUAGAAGAAAUGAAGGAGACGGUGCAGAUUAAGUUUAAGGGAGCUUAAAUAACGAGUGCUGUGUGAUUAAAAAAAAAAGGGAAGAAAAAAAGUGUCGCUUUAAUCGUUCAUUAAUUUCACGGAUCUUGUGGCCUAAGAAAUUUCUAGCAGUGAAAUUUUUAAGUAUACAACAACGGAAUACUAAAAGUGAAAUUUAUCCUUAAAUUUUCAAGCUCAAAGUUUUUACUUUGAAUUUAAAUUUAAAUGCUAAUUGUGGUGUUCUGAAAAAAAGUUAAAUAUAUCUGCAUGUUUUUUCCAAAAAAAAAAAAAAAAUUUGUCUAUAAUCGUGCCGUGUCAAGAUUGUUCAACGACCAACCGAAUACUGUCAAUUACUAUUCAUAUAUUAAUCGUUCAAGUUUUAAUCGUUAAAUUUUCAUAGAUGUUUACUAAGAAUUAAAAGAAAAAAAAAACAAAGUCAUUCGAUACAAUAGUGAAUAAGGAUCAAAGUGGGAUUUGGCCUACAUUAGUGUUUCUCUUUGGAAAAUCAUCAACUAUUGUACCUGGUUCUUCUUCUCUAUAUUGAUGUUUUUGUCCUAUAUUUGAUAAUUAAGAAAAGUAUCAAUUGUUCCAUCGUUGACUGUUUAUUAAGAUCCCUGUUUCAAAAUGAGUGUUGAAGUUAAUUUCCGAUGACAAAUUAAGAACUAUCGUGAGAUCGGGAGGAAAAAAAUGCAAGGAACAAAUUGUCCUUCGAAUUCGAAGGAACAUCAACGAGUGUGUUUAGUGUUUAUAAGAACAGAAUUGAUUAUUUUCUAAGUCAAUUCAGUGAAUUGUCAGAGAAAAAAAAACUAGUUUGUUGACAAAGUUAAUAAGUGAAAUAAUGUGUAGAAAGGAGCAAACGGAAGUGGAAAAGAAGAAAACGAAAGGAGAAGAAACAAGAGAAGAACAAAAGAAAUACGAUUUUUAAAGGCACUUGUCAGAAGUUAAUUUCGAUAUGGAGCUAUUCAAAUGCAACGAACUCAUAAACUGCUUUAACUUUGACAAGCACAAAGUACCUGCACUCGAUACCAAAGCGAAAUUCAUGUUCCUCCUCGGUCCACAAGGACGUAUUUAAUUUCCCUUUGAUUCAAAGCACGUUUAGACCCUCGCGAUGAAUCGCCUUAAGAAACGUCAGGAGAUAGUUGAGUAGAUUGUAUUAGUUUAGGAGACAACAAGGAAGUCUUAGAGUCAUUCGACUCGCAAAUAACUUAACGAACAAAGUCAACGGAAUUGAGUAUAAGAUCACAACAUGGACUCGACAAAAUUAGGUGGGCCCACUGCGGAAAGUCCACGAUCACACUCGCCAGCACUUGCGAGUUACGUGAUGACAACAGAUGGGAAUAUAGAUUACAUUAUUAGCGAUUACAUGGAGAGACUUGGAACGCGCCUUAAUAUACUUGAGACUGAGCUGAAAUACGCCUGGAGAGCACUUGACCUAUUGAGUCAAGAAUAUAUUAAGAUGUGGCAGCGUUUGGAGAAAUUGGAGGGAUUGCUUUGUGAACAGCAAACCGUCAUCAGUCAACUGAUUGAGUUUUAUACAAGUGGCGGAAAUCACGAGCGAGUUAACACCGUUGAGGAAACAUUGGUCGAACAGCAAAGAUCCGAGAGUGAAUUGGAUGCUAUUGAAAAGAGUCUUGGUGCGGCAAUUGGCAUUGAAGAGACAAGUGUACUGAGGGAGAAAUUAGCACAACAGGAGCUUGCGAGAAUGAGAAAUUUGGCUCAGGAUAAUGCUGUGGCUGCUGUUGUUAAUGACAUACAAAGGAAUGUGAGGAAUUUGGAAGCUUUGGAAACACUGGAGGAGGAGGAGGGAAAUAUGCCGGAUGAGGCCUUCUACAGGAGUCUGAAUAAUGCCUAUAGGGAAGAUCUUAUUUGUGGUGAUGUGUCAAGACCAACGUCGCAAUUGGGGAUGAUUUGGGAAGAGGCGGAGGAAGUGGAGGACAGUAAUGGCAAAAAGGAAACUGAAACGGUAACGUUUGAGAAGACGCCACCAGUGCAAGAAAAAGUGGAGGAAGAGCCUAAGCAGCAGUCUAAAGAGGAAAUACAGCAAAUGACAGUGAAGAAGGAAGAUGAACUCGAAGAGGAGGAAGAGGAAGAAGAAGAACCUGAAGAUGGAGAAAUUUUCAGUGCAGCUGACUAUAAGACUUAUCGGGGCAAUGCACCCUGUGUAAGCGAACAGGAUCUCGCUCAAGUAUCAAGACUAAGUACUAUAGAUAAAGUAGCUCUUGAGAAACUUCAGGAAUUGGAUAGACUGGAGACAAAACUCCAGAAGGACUCACAAAAUAUCAUAGAACUUCAGUCUAUGUUGAGAGACUCGCCCAAACGGCAAUAUGCAACAGAGACUGAGGCUAAAUUGGCAGAAGAAGCGAGUAGCAUAGAAGAACAAAUUAGAAAGAUUUAUGCCGAACCAGACGUGGAUAGUUGGAUGUACUCCAAAAGUCCCGGAUCUACCGGAAGAUCAAUAUCCCGAGUGAGUACAGACAGUGGACUGACAACUGAUGGGGAUUUUACUACCAGAUCACUGUCACCAAGACUGUCAAGAAGUAACAUGGAUUCCAUGUCUUCAACCUACACUCCUCCUAGGCUCGCCUAUUCCUCAACUUUACUGGAAAAAAGCCCAGAACCCGUUAUUCAGUUAUCAAUCGAUGUUGGUAGUUUCGCCAAAGGCUAUGCCGAGAACAAAGAACUGACCGAUUUAAUGGUGGAAAGUUUUGCAACCGUUACAUGUGCUUCGCCUACGAUUUACAAUACAACGACAGAUAAGGUUGCGUCGCCUACACCUUCAGCUGGAAGUUUACAUAGCACUCAAAGUAUUCGCAGUGUCAGGACACGACAAGAAUUCUUUGGAAGUGCAGCAAGAUUAAAUUUAGACUUUCCAGAAAGUAGAACACCGCCGAGUCCUUCGCCAAGUUCGCCACCACCACCAGCACCUCACGAUCCAUCGGACAAUUUUCACAUUUCCACUGCUGAUCAAAAGGAUAUGGACAUUAAACGUGCACCGAGUCCAGGUUUCUUGUCAAAGUCUGAUAAAAUCGUCUUGGAACAGGGUAGACUGAGUCCACGUGCUCCACACUCGCCUAAAUCGCCAAGAGUAUCGCCAAAGCAUCUUUCAAAACCAACGUGUAACAAUAAUAUCGUAGCUGCUAAAUCGGAUUCCGGUCUUUCAUCAAUGAGUGGCUGGAGUAGUCUCGACAAAUCACCAAGUUCACCGAAAAAUUCGAUCACAAAAAUGCUGACAUCAUAUUCCCUAGACCAUCCUCGUUCGCAACUCGCUCAGACCUCGCAGUCAAUAAGAACGGCAAGUCCAAUUGCUACUAUUCAGGAAGCAAAAAGCUCAGUUAUCACUCAGGAACCUUUGUACGAUACUCCAGAAGGUAGAGACGCUUUCGCCAAUACAAAUGCGAGCCAAUACAAUGCAGUUGUCAAUCAUAUAUCAUCUCUUUCAUCAGUCAAGUCACCAGCAAUUCAGGAUGAAUACAAUUUUGUACCUCCGCCAGCGCCCGGUGUGUCCGCCACGUGUCAAAGUCCCAAGAAACGAAACCGGCAACUUAGCUUCGACGAUAUUCCAAUUGAAAGUACUGUCGACUUUCUCUACCGAUCAGAGCAACCUGCAAUAUAUUCCGUUGCAGGAAGCAAUCGAACCCAAAUGUCCAAUGUCUACACCAGUAGUUCCGGUACUUAUGGUUCAAGAACCACAUCCACUGGUUACUAUCCAGACGCAAUGGAUCAGUUCGUUAAUUACGAUGGCUACAGUGCAUCUCACUAUGGUGACACAACCUUAUCAUCAAGUCAAACCGGAAAAAUCCCAAUGCGCGCUCUAUCAUACGGCGAUUCAAUUUCAAAUCACGAAGGUUAUAAGGCUGCAAUGUACAGAAAUAGAUUUCCAACCGGAAAUAUCACGGACGCACUUUCCUAUUAUCCAACAAGUGCAAAUCUUCCACGAACUGAAACCGAGUCUUCCUGGCUCAACUCGAUAGAGAGCCAUAUACCUCACGAUUCAACUUCCUCGAGUAUCAGAUCCAUGACAUCAGAGGGAAGCUAUUCGCAGAGUCCAUACACCGACAGACGGUAUCCCCAACCCCCGGCCUAUCAAUCUCAUCAAUAUCAUCACACCUAUUCAAACCAGAGUUACGCACACGCCUAUCAACAACAAUAUCAACAGUAUCAAAUGUCUCAACGACUCGCUGCUGCGGAAAACGAACGGCAAUGGCCGAGAGAGCAUCAUUACACUCAGGAAAAUGAAACCAAAUCAACAAUCGAUCCGUCCCAACAACAAGGAGAAUUCUAUGACGCAUCAAGUGUCAUAGUCUCACAAUCAGGAUACAUCAGUAUUUCCGCGGACAUUAAAGAUCACGAAUUAGAGAACAAUAAAAAUGCUAAAAAAAUAAGAAGAGGGUCAUCACUAAAAAAUGCCAUGACCUCUAUGAGCAAUUGGCUUCCCGACCUUCACCUACCCAGAAGACAUAGAAGUCAGUCUUUGCCUGGUGGUGUCCGACGGGAGGAUAUUGACAGAACCCAACCAAAUAGAUUAGAAAUGCAAAGAGGUGGAAAUAGAUAUCAAGGGGCGAGGAAGAAGAAGAAAAAUUUAGUUUCCACUGUUUCGGGAAUACUGCAAAAAGCAAAACGAAGAAAUCAUCAAUCUUCACAAUCACUCUCCGAUCCAGAACAAUCGGAAACAGAAUGGAGCAGUGGUAGACAGAGUGGUUUAUCCGAAGAUGAAGACAGUGUCAUGUCCGAUGCAAAUCAAGAACCACCAUUCUUCGCAAAGGUUAAAUCCAGUAGUAUGAAGAAGAAAUCUCCCCAGCAGCAAAUUAUCGGUCAGCAACAAAUUCACAAUCAACAACAAAUUUUGGCUCAACAACAAAUGCACGGUCAUCAACAAAUUCCCAUUCAUCAGCAAACGCAACAAUUGAUUCACCAACAGGCGCCUCUCACACCACAACAGAGGGAAUAUCUACUUCAGGAACAGCAACGUUUGCAGGAGCAACAGCAGGCUCUGCAGCAACAAAUUCAACAACAUCAAGAGCAACUGCAAAAGAAAGUAGCCGAGGAAAAUUGGCUAAAGGAGAAGGAGAACGAGCAAAGAAAAUCCGAAUUAAGCGAAACUGAACUCUCGGAUCAGGUUUGCGGAGUAGAGGAAGAAGCUUCUGGCAAAAGCACAGGUUCGGGAUCAGGUGGCUCUACUAUAUUUCCAACUGUUGGGGAUAUAAAAAAGUCCACCGGAAGUUCGGACGAAGCACCUAACGAAAAGGCACCCAAAUUACCACCACUAAUGGGUGGAGCCAGUAUGGAAUUUGCUGUUUCUCGUGCUUUGGGUAAAUAUCGCCAGAGACAAUCCUCGACAGUAUCCGAUGAACAGGGAAGCAAUGACGAUGGUAGUAUUGACAAAAAGUCCGACGAGGGCAAUCAACUUUCAAUUGACGCCAGUUUCGAGUAUCAAGAGGACGUUUCAGAGAAAAGUGAAAAAUCCAGUGGUACCAAAGGUCCAGAAUUGGUGACUAGCAUUUCUGAGGAAGCACCACCUUCAGAGGGCAGUCCAUCAACAUCCAGCACAAGGGGUUACGGUCCACAGAUUGGUUGCACUCGUUUUUUACCCAGACAUCAACAAUCAUUGGAAAUUCCUUGGGCUGGCUCACGAAGUGGUGAAGGUGAUGAGGACAAUAGAAGUACACACUCAUACAGAAGUACAUCUCGCGUCUCAUCACGACGUCAAAGUACAGAGGAUUCAAUUGAUUCCGAAGACGAAUGGUACUGUUAUGAAUUGAGAAAACUCGAGGAACUAGAAAGACAAACACAAGUUGAAAUUGAAAUGGGUCAAGUUCUCGUCGAAGUACCCGAGGAAAAUGAACCCUUCCAACCAGGCGAGGAAGUCAAAGAACGUAUGUCAUUUGUUCUUCGCGAAUUGAAAUUGAAGGCAAAACCCAAAGAAGAUGAACAUGAGGAAAAGCGAGAUUUAAUGAAGGAGGAGACACAAACAAUUAAAAUGAAUGGAACAGUCGUGGGACGAGAAAGACGAUUGGAGAAUGGAGAGAGAUAUCGUGAUGGUAAACCAUUCCCGAAGAAGAAGCCAGUCGAGAGUGUUGAAUCUGUUUUUGCGCGAGUCACCGAUUAUCAUACAUGGGCGCAUGAGGAGGCAGCAAAGAGGGAUAAGAAAACAAUACCAAUGGAGGAGGGUUCAUCGGGUGAAACAUCAGGACCGGACAGUCCGGUUCAUUCAAUGGACGAGGAAGAGGACGAGCUGCACAAGGAUCUCGAUGAACAUCAGUCAAGAAGGAGUUCCAAUGGAUCGACACUCCGUCACAGUGAGAAGCAUCUGCAGGGCUCCGAUUCUCUGUCGCGUGAAGGUAGCGUAAGUGUACCACCUAGCGAAGUUUCAGUCAGUAUCCCUGGUGGUUGGGAUUCUGAAAGCACUGUCCUUGAAGGCGAUCGAGAUGGUGCCGGUAGCGCUGAAACUGGUACCACGGCCACGCUGAGUCUUCCAAAAAUCAAAAUUGACUCAUCGUCCUGCGGCAGUUCGGACACAACAUUGAAGGAGGGGCAAAUCAGUCCUGGUCCACCGGGAUCAAAGUGGAAGCUGCUCAAGGCACUCAAGGAGAGGAAGGCUGAAGAAAAACUCAAGGAGGUUGAAGACGCCUCGAAGGAGGCUGCUGCCCUUACUCAAGGGCCCACGGCAAAUGGCAGUGGUCCUGGAGGAGAAUCUGGUGGAAGAGCAAAUGGGCAUCCAGGAGACAAUCCCUUCUACAGCAAUAUCGACAGCAUGCCGGACAUUCGACCGCGCCGGAAGUCGAUACCACUGGUCUCCGAGCUGGUCUUGAAGACUAUGGCCGCAACCAAACGAAGUCAUGCUGCUGGUCUAACUUCCGCUGUACCUCGAGCGACAUUAAACGACGAAGAAUUGAAGAUGCACGUAUACAAGAAAACACUUCAGGCUAUGAUUUACCCGAUUUCGUCAACGACUCCUCACAACUUUGUUACUUGGAGUGCCACUUCUCCUACCUAUUGUUACGAGUGUGAAGGAUUGCUUUGGGGCAUUGCAAGACAAGGCCUGAGAUGUAUGGAAUGUGGUGUCAAAUGUCACGAAAAGUGCAAGGAUCUUCUUAAUGCCGACUGUCUUCAAAGAGCUGCUGAGAAGAGUUCGAAACACGGAGCAGAAGAUAAGGCGAACAGCAUUAUCACCGCCAUGAAGGAAAGGAUGAAGCAGAGAGAGCGGGAGAAACCGGAAAUCUUCGAGCUCAUCCGCACUACGUUUUCAGUCGACCCGGACACUCAUAUUGACAGCCUCGAGCAGGCCGAACAGAUGGUCCUUGAGGGUACAAGCAAGUGGUCCUGCAAAAUCGCCAUCACAGUGAUCUGCGCUCAAGGAUUAAUUGCCAAGGACAAGAGUGGAACAUCUGAUCCUUAUGUCACAGUUCAAGUGGGAAAAGUGAAGAAAAGAACGAAAACCAUGCCACAAGAAUUAAAUCCCGUUUGGAACGAGAAAUUUUACUUCGAGUGUCACAAUUCGUCAGAUCGAAUAAAAGUUCGAGUGUGGGACGAGGACAAUGACCUAAAAUCAAAAUUGAGGCAAAAGCUAACUAGGGAAAGUGACGAUUUCCUGGGUCAAACGAUCAUUGAAGUACGAACGUUGAGCGGUGAAAUGGACGUGUGGUAUAAUUUGGAAAAACGAACUGACAAAAGUGCAGUCUCAGGUGCAAUCAGACUUCACAUAAGCGUUGAAAUUAAGGGCGAAGAAAAAGUGGCACCUUAUCACGUUCAAUAUACAUGUCUUCAUGAGAAUCUCUUUCACAGUCUAUGCGAGGGAAAUAGUGGAAUGGUCACAUUACCCCAGGCAAGGGGCGAUGACGCAUGGAAAGUGUAUUUUGAUCCACCUGGCGAGGAACUUGUCGAUGAAUUUGCAAUGCGUUAUGGAAUUGAAAGCAUUUAUCAAGCGAUGACUCACUUUCAUUGUCUUUCAACAAAGUACCUUUGUCCGGGUGUACCGGCAGUGAUGUCAACACUUUUAGCAAACAUUAAUGCCUACUAUGCUCAUACAACAGCAAGUUCUGCCGUCUCAGCCAGUGAUAGAUUUGCCGCCAGUAACUUUGGGAAAGAGAAAUUUGUCAAACUACUGGAUCAAUUGCACACAUCGUUGAGAAUCGAUCUUUCAAUGUAUCGCAACAAUUUCCCAGCGUCGAGUCAAGAGAAAUUAAUGGAUCUAAAAAGUUCAGUGGACCUUCUAACAAGUAUCACAUUCUUCCGAAUGAAAGUUCAAGAACUCACGAGUCCACCACGUGCAAGUACAGUUGUAAAAGAUUGUGUCAAAGCAUGUCUUCGUUCAACAUACGAAUUUCUCUAUGGAAAUUGUUACGAGCUUUAUGCACGUGAAUUUCAAGUUGAUCCAAGUGAGGCGAAACGUGAUCCCGAGGAACGUGGUCCUGGCGUUGAAUCACUUGAUUUUUGGCAUAAAUUAAUUGCACUUAUUGUCUCAGUAAUUGAGGAAGAUCGUACAAGUUAUGCACCUGUUUUGAAUCAAUUCCCACAGGAAUUGAAUAUUGGACAAUUGUCAGCAGCAACAGUUUGGUCAUUGUUUGCAAUGGACAUGAAGGGUUCAUUGGAUGAGCAUGAGCAAGUGAGAAAGUGCAAAUCAUCGGCGUAUAUGAAUCUACAUUUCAAGGUGAAAUGGCUCUAUACGAAUUAUGUUCUCGAUGUGCCUCCCUUUAAAGACGCUGUACCAGAAUAUCCAGCUUGGUUUGAACCUUUUGUUAUGCAGUGGCUCAAUGAGAAUGAUGACGUUUCUUUGGAAUAUCUUUACGGGGCCUUUAGUAGAGACAAAAAAGAUGGGUUCCAAAAAAGCAGCGAGCAUGCACUUUUCAGCGUUUCUGUGGUUGACGUUUUCACACAAUUAACUCAGUGCUUCGACGUCGUGUCCAAAUUAGAAUGCCCGGAUCCUGAAAUCUGGAAGAGAUAUAUGAAAAGAUUCGCUAAAACAAUUGUCAAAGUUUUAGAAGCGUACGCAACAAUUGUCAAACAAGAAUUUCCUAGUCAUCUCAAAGACGAGCGAAUUGCUUGCAUUCUGAUGAACAAUAUUCAACAACUGAGGGUACAAUUAGAGAAGAUGUUUGAGUCAAUGGGUGGAGAGAAAUUGGAGCAAGAUGCAUCAGAUAUACUGAAGGACUUGCAACAACAAUUAAAUGGAGCCUUGGAUGAUCUCGCUGUACUCUUUGCAAAGAGUCUUGAACCAAGAAUAACAGUAUCCGUCCGAGAACUUGGAGACUUACUGCUAUCAAUAAAGGGUGGUGGACAAAUAAAUCAAGCAAAUCAGAGAAAUAAUAUUGGUAACGUUAGUGUCGAAGCUGACGAAGUAUUGAGACCAUUAAUGGAUCUACUCGACGGAAGUUUGUCACUUUAUGCCCAGUCUUGUGAGAAGACUGUACUCAAGAGAUUGCUCAAGGAAUUAUGGAAGAUCGUUAUGAGAAUUCUUGAAAAAACUGUCGUCCUCCCGCCAAUGACUGAUAAGAGUAUGAUGCUCAAGAAUCUGACCGACAAUGCAAAGAAUUUAGCGGCGAAUGCAAAGAUCGAGGAUAUGUCGAGGCUAUUCAAGAAUCACAUGGCAGGCAAGCCAGACGUGAAAGGAGCAUUCAGUGGUGUUAUGGAUAUCUCAAAGGAGGUGGAAAAGAAUUUAUCGCCGAAACAGUGCGCAGUCUUGGAUGUUGCCUUGGAUACAAUUAAAAAUUACUUCCACGCUGCUGGCAAUGGUCUAAAGAAGACGUAUCUGGAAAAAUCACCCGAAUUACAAAGUCUUCGAUAUGCCUUGAGUUUGUACACACAAACAACGGACACACUCAUUAAAACCUUUGUCACAACUCAAAUCCUUCAGGUGCCUCUGAACGAUGCGACAACAAUGAAUCAACGUCAGCGCUCGAUGAGCAGUGAAAGGGGUGACGAAGGAGAGGGACUCGAGGGUAUGGAAAGCCUCGAGGAACCUCUUCGCCAGAGCAAGCCCCCUCUCCGUCGGGAGAGUCGUCAAGAUACCGCUGGUUCUGAUGAAGGUUCCGUGGGUGAAGUAAGCAUUCAAGUAGAUCUUUUCACACAACCUGGUACAGGAGAACAGAAAGUUAGCGUAAAAGUUGUUGCUGCGAAUGAUCUAAAAUGGCCCGAGUCAGGUGGAAUGUUUAGGCCAUUUGUUGAGGUCAAUUUGAUAGGUCCACAUCUAGCAGACAAGAAGAGAAAGCACGCCACCAAGUCUAAGAGCAAUAACCUGUCACCGAAGUUUAACGAAACCUUCCACUUCAUAAUUGGAAGCGACCAGACUCUGUUGGGCUAUCUGGAAUUGCACAUAUGCGUGAAGGAUUAUUGCUUCGCACGAGAUGAUCGUCUAGUGGGUGUAGCAGUGAUGCAACUAAAAGACAUCAUGGAACAAGGCUCGUGUGCUUGUUGGUUGUCACUCGGCAGACGAAUUCAAAUGGACGAGACGGGUUGGACAAUUCUGCGAAUUCUCUCUCAAAGGAACAAUGACGACGUCGCUAAAGAAUUUGUCAAGCUGAAAAGCGACAUUAGACAAGAAAAUCCACUCCCGAAUCCAACUUGAAGCGGUGAAGCAACAGACGAAGUAAUUUAACAGCAGUACAACUGAAUCCUUCGAGCUUCGAAAGAGCCUGAAGGUGUGAAAUAAAAAGGAAAGAGGCUUUGUCCAAGUCCCUGAAGAUGACUACUGGACCCGAAAGGACUGGGGGUCCUUCCAAUGCACAAAGCCUUGCCAAAGAAGACUGAUAAGAUCCGCACUUCGAGCAUCAUCUUAAAAGGAAACAUGUCAGCAAAACUCGGAACUCCUUAAUUCCAAUGUUUUUCUUCGACAAAUAUUUUCUACUAAAAAAAAAGGAUCUUGUCCAUUGACUAGUUCUUCCCACUUUUUCUACCGAGAGCUUCAAAUCCAACAUUUUGGAAAACAAAAGGCGCGCGAAUCACCAAAAGAUGAAAAUAAAAAAAAGAAUUUAGUCAAGACAAAUUAAAAUGGAGCUUCGAAUUAUUCUUCGUCGAGGCGCAUUUGAAGAACAAAGUGUCUCACAUAAUACGUACACAAGAAAGGGUGAAAAUACUGCUGCCAGUACGCAAUAUUUUUAAGGUAAAAAAAAGUGAAUCUAUGAUCGAUAUAAAUAUAGAUGAUUUAAGUGCGUUGAAAAUUUAAUGGAGGGACAUGUAAUUUUCGCCACUUUCGCGAAUAGUGGCGAGUGACUCGAAAACAAUAUAAGUAGAUAAUUUUAAGUAAUAUUAAUAAUAAUGGGUCUUCGUGACGACUCGUUUCAAGGCACACUUAUUAAAAUUUAAGUAUGCAUCUUUUAUGGAUGACGAUGUAAUAAAAUAAGGAAGUUGACGCUGAGUGUAGAAUACGUUUUUGCUCAUCUCUACGACCACUUCCUUGUAUUAAGAAAGAAUGUGUCUAAUGUAGAUAUAUGAUGAUGAUGCGUUGUUGACGAAGAAUUUUUUCUAAUACAGACUAAGGUAGCAUUGCGUACGACCAAAUAGGCGCAUCUUGGCGACACUCAUGAUGCGCCGCUAGUUAUAAUAGACAUUAACAAUGUAAAGAAUGUUCUUAUCCGUAAAUAAAAAAGUAUCGAGUCGAAAAGUGUGUCUGCCGCGAUGAAUGCAAAUAACGAUUUCGGAUUUUUCUUUCUCUCGUACGAACGUCGUAACAAUAAUAAAAUGUAAUUUUCGAAGAAUGAGUUGGUAAAGGACAUCAAUAUAUGUUUGUCCUCUUUCUUCUCUGUCGGUAACAUUGACGUCGAAUGUCGCAACCAGUGGCGCUAUUUAUACACUGGAACAUUACUAAUUCAACUCCAUUGAAUAAUAAUAAAAAAAAUUUUAAUGUAUUUUAUUAUAAUAGUGAUUUAGAAAACUUAAAAACAAAUUGCAUGAUUUGAAAGAAGAAAAUCGUUGAGCAGAAAAGUUUGCAGUACUUUAUUUUUAGUGAAUUUUAUUUAUGAUAAUUUAGUACUUGUACAAGAAUUAUUAUAUUAAGUUUCUAAUUUAGAAUUGUGAUUAAAUUUUUAUUAUAAAUAUUUUCCUUUCAUGAAAAUAUAAUUUGAAAUAUGUUUAUACAUUUUUGAAUCUUUAAUAACUGUCGAAAUAAAGACAAGUAAAUAAAUGUUCAAUAGUGAUUUAAAAUUUUGUUUUACCCUGCACACUAAGUUUCUUUAUUGGCGAUGAAUGGAGAGCGCCACUGGUGGCGAUAUUCAACUAUCAGUCGAAUUUAAUUUUAAGGAGAUUAAAUAUGCGUCAACGCACAUUGAAAAUAGUUUACAUGAGAGAGGAAAGGAUAGGUAUAUACUUUGUCCUUUUCUAUCGCAUAAAAAUUUUACGAUUUGUGUUUUCCAAUGCUUUGUGCAUUCUUUCAAAAAAUAUUUUUCUUCAAAAUAGUCAAAGAGAAAAGAAAAGAGAAAAUUUCUAGAAAAAUAUUUUGCUUUAAAUUUAUAAUAAAAAAAUUGUUUCUAAAAAACAAGUUCGUACGAGACAAAGACAAACAAAAUUCACUAAAUCCGAGAAACAAAUGCACUCUUAAUUCGAUUGAAUUUCAUCGUUCCAUCAACAAUAUUCCAAAAUCUUUUUUAUCUCAACUGAGACAAAAGAUUCUUAUGACUCAAUCCAAUUUCUACUCUGUAGUAUAAAAAAAAUAAUUGUGUCUAGCAUUUAUCGUUAACGUAUAAUUAUACGAGUCCAGCGCGGAGUAUAUCAUUACAGACUUUACAGAACUAAUACGAGCUAUAUCGAACAUUAAAAAAUAUUAGUUUUCUCAUUUUCACUAAAUUUCUAAUACUAAUUUUAUUCUUGUAAAUAUUUCUCCUAAAAAUCUUCUCCCCCCCCCCCAAAAAAAAAAUUCAUUCGAAUCUUAUCAUUAUACUAAUUUUUCUUUUGUCGUGUAAAUUUUUCCUCUGCCUAAAUUAUGGAUAUAGAGAUAUGAAAAAAGGCUGCAUUUAAUGUCGAUUUUCUCUCAACGUUCAAAUGUAAAUAAAAUAAUUAAUUUGAAAAAAAAAUUCUCUAAUUUGUAAAUUAUAUAUCGAUUUGACGUAUUUUCUAAAUGUUUGCAUUUGAAUGAUGAUAAUUAUCGAUUUAAAUUUUCUUCUUACUCUCAGCUUGGAUUCUUAUCUUGUAAGCUAUAAAACAAAAUAUCUCGUGUAUUCUGUGAUAAUUACCCCUUAAAUAUACACGUUAAAUUCUUUGUAUGUAUACACAUCAUUCUAAAAAAAAUACAUGACACUGUACACUCACUUUGUACAUUUGACAUUAAAAAAACAUUUCCAUCCCAGUAGCAGGAGUAUUUUUCUCUUUUAGAAAAAAAAACAACAUUUUGAAUCCUAUAUUCUAUACGUAUACCACCCAUGAUGCGAUAAGAGAAUGAAAACACAUGGCAAUGAUUGAAAAUACUCUGGAGGAUUUGAAGAAUUAUUUUAUUUUCCUUAGUUCUUUAAUUAAAUAUUCUAAAAAAUUAAUUUUUUUCCCUGAAAUGUACUUUUUAAAAAAAAUUGCCUCGAAAAAGUUUCAAAUUCCGCGACUUUGAAACUUAAAUAUACUCAUCGAGUCUCCAAUCUAUGAACUGUAGAAAAAGCAGAAAAAUUGUGGCGGGAAAUUCAAAUAACAAUUUUACAAUUCUGACAUAAUUGAAGAAUUUAGCAAAAUUUUGAAAUCGAAUUUACAAAAUUUUCAAUAUUUUUGAAUUCUACAAUCCUCUGGAGUAAUAAAAACCAAGAAAAAAUGAAGAAUUCUGCGAAAAUAGUGGGAAAAAAAGAAUUGAUUAUUACCCAUAAAAAUAUACACAAUUGUUGACAAUACUAUGCUUGAAAAUCAUAUGGCGCGUAUGUACUGUACCUAAUAUAAAAAAAAUAAUUAAAAAAAAAACAAGAGAAUGCUUGUGUUUUUCGUAAAUAAACUGUGACUGUGUGUUUAUUAGGUAUAAUUAAAAUGCGUACCUUGAUUUUUUGUCGCUCAUGGUGAGUGUUAUACUAUUUGUUAUAUUAAAGAAAGAAAAAUUUUGUUUUGAAAAUAAAAUCAUUGUCAUUAUACACACUUUCGAAAUCUAUAAUAGAACCCGCAGUGUAAUUGUUAUCCCAUACCAAACACGCACAUUCAAUGUACAUUAACAUUUACAUCCAUUACAUACUUGAAAAAAAUUUUUUUUUUUUAUUUCCUUUCAUUCGUUCACUCGCUCUAGAAUGCUCUUUCCAAUAAACUGCCCCUCUAUGAAAUUUAUUUACUUUUUUUAAACAGAAAAUAUUAAUUUAUUUAAUAUUAAUAAAUAAAUAAAUAAUAGAAUUCAUUUUUAAAAAUUUGUACACUUCUUUUUAAUAAGUACUUCUAUCGAAAGGAAUUUAAAUAUAUUUUGUAUAUUCUUUUUGUUCUUAUAAUCAAAUGAAUACAUAUCUGUGAAAAAAUAUUUAAUAUUUUAAUCUAAAAUUGAAAAAAAUGGUAAAUUUCUAUCUCUAUUGUAUAAAUUUGUAGUUUAAAGUUUUUUACAAUUUUAAUUUUUAAAUGCGUCUAGUUUCUCAUUUUCUUUGAAAAAAAAGCAAAUUGAUACAUUUUUUUAAACGUCAAAUUAAAAAUUCGUAAAAAGUAAUUUUUUUAAUCGAAUUGUUAUUUUUCUUUGCACAAUUUUCAAAUGAGCAUGUACGAGCCAAUUCGCUUCUAUGUAUAGUUGACGGAAUGUGAAUUUAAUUAUGUAAAAUCGCAAUAAAUUUCAUCAAAUUCAAAUUUUUAUUUCGUUACAUGUACAUUAGGGGUACUUGAAAAAGAAUUUAUUACUUCUUAUUAUUGAAUAUAUU